AUGGUCGUGACCGAAAUCCUUCCCGUGUUCUACAAUCAGGACCCCAAGUUGCAGGAGGAACUCAAGCAGAAAGCACCCGAGUUAUUCACACACUUUCUGGGGGUCAAUGGCCUACAAUCUUUGUCACGUGGAAAGAUUGUGGCUGAUAAUGGCACACCUGUAGACUCAGGCAGCGGCCGCAGUGCUCUUAUUUUGGAGUGGGACAACAAAUCCUCUUUUCACGACUUCUUUCCCAGUUCUCCGGCUUUCCAGGCAUUUGCUGGUAAGAUGAAACCAUUCGUAAUCUCUCCUGUUCUGCCUGAACUUUACGAAUCACCUGAUUCGUCAACUUCGUGCGCUUCGGCAAAUAUUACUCAAAUUAUCAAGGUUGCGCAAGGCAGCAACACUGAGAAGGUAUGGGUCCAAAUAACAGAGACUAUUUCUCAGUCGCAGACAGAGGCCCCUCAGUUUUUCCAUGGAAGCGGGAUAGAGGAGCAGCAAGGUAACUUCUUGGGCCUCAUUGGCUGGCCUAGCCUGAAGAGCUACGAGGAAUCAAGAAAGCAUGCGGCUCUGGUCAAAUUGAUUGAUGAAUUGAGUGCCGGGGGCAAACUCUACGACAUUGCCGUGGACCUUGCGUCUAUUCCAAUCUCAAAGUAA